CCUCACUUGGAUCUCGCAACAGACACGGGACUCAUUGCUAACAGCACUCGGAACCAUGACCCUCACUCCAAUCACGAUCGCGUUCUUCUAUGAGACGAUCUCGCUGUAUCUCAGCAAAGGCUACAGCCUGGAGGAGUGCCUGGAAUUGGACAAAGAUGAGGCAAUCGAGAGCAUGGUCGAGUCGCUCCGCGGGUUGGGAUAUCGAGUGAUUCCGGUGGGGGACAUGGGGGAGUUGAUUCAGCGCAUUGCGAAGGGGGAGCAUCAGGAAUGGGACUUAGGGUUCUCGAUUUCGGAGGGGAUGCACGGCGCCGCUCGCGAGGCCCAAAUCCCCGGCGUGCUCGAAGCAUAUCGCAUUCCCUGCGUAUUUUCCGACGCGGCCACCCUGACCAUGACGCUGGAUAAAGCGAAAACCAAGAUGAUGUUCCAAUACCACAAGAUCGCCACCGCACCGUUUGCCGUCGUCUCACCAACGUCACAGAAUGCGCUAAAAGAUGUGCAAGCAAGCCCUCACGCAGUCGAGCUGGCAGCAUAUCCGCUGUUCAUCAAGCCCUCCUGUGAAGGAAGCUCGAAAGGCAUCUAUCCGUUCUCCAAGGUCCACAAUCAGACGGAACUCGAACAGGGGGUCCAGAAGCUACAACGCCAGUUUCCCGGUCAGAGUAUCCUGGUCGAAAGCUAUCUUGCUGGCCGUGAAUACUCGGUGAGUCUGAUCGGCACCGGCCCGACCGCACGCGUGCUUGGGACCUUGCAUCUGGACUGGGAGGCCGCGCAGAAACGGCACGGGACACAAUCCGCGAGCGAGAAGGAUCCGUUCACAAGAGGGUUCCUGGACGUUGAUGCCAAAAACCGAGCGAACGAUAAAGAUGUCAUGAAAUUCGCUAUUGACUCGCGGGAUCCGGAGGUGGCGGCAGUGGAGGCGCUCGCCUUGCGGGUUUGGGGAGUCAUGGGAUUUCGCGACGUGGGACGUGUGGAUAUUCGGUGCUCAGCCGAUGGAAUACCCCAUGUUAUCGAGGUGAACCCUCUGCCUGGACUGUGUCCAGGGUAUUCCUUCCUCAGCGAGACGGCUCGCCACCAUGGUGUAUCGCACCAGGAACUUCUCGCUCUGGUAGUGGAGAGUGCGGUAGAAAGAUACCCACAUCUCGCGCAAAGGUCAUUGGGGCUGAAACAGGGGGGUCUCAGAACCAAAGCGCAGUGAGCAAACAGCAUUAUUCCUAUGGAGGUAAGUGUGGGUAGAAGCUUGCGAUAUCUGCCGGCUGUUUGCCUAGAGCGUCGCAAUCAACCGCGACAGGGUCUUCUACUGGGUCACGGAAAGCACUCGUGUUGGCGACGACGAUAGCUUCUCGCUCCGAAGUUUCAUUGGCAGUCGGCGACGAAAAGGACUACAGUAAUUUACUUUGUCGUGGAUUGUUGUUGAAGGAGCUAUACAAGAACCUGCUUCUUCCGAAGAGGACUUCCGGUUUGUUCAUAAUCCAAGGCUUGAGAUAGUCAAGGCUGCAAUUAGUAAGCUCGAGGGUCAACUAUUUGUGAAUGAAU